AUGUUGAGACAACAAUUGGUUAGGUUUUCCACGAGAAGAGCUUUCUCAUCAUCUAUGAGAUCCCAAGUGCACUUCAAAGAAGGAGUCUACUCUAACAUCCCUGUCAAGAUUCACAACAGAAAGAUUCCAUUUGCGCUUAUCCACUUCGGCUUCUUCUCCCUAGGGUUUUUGGUGCCAUUUUUCGCAUCUUACGUGCAGUUGAAAAAAUCUGGUAUCCUCUAA